CAUUUUCAGAAACACGUCCUGGUGCAUGUAUACCCAUUCUCUCUUAAUUAUUAGUCUAGCCUGAAUGCAUUCAGCAACCUGUAAUUCUAUGAUAUAGUUAUAGACAUUGUGCAAUUCAAGUGGCUGAAAGGAUCUGAGAUGAGGAAAGAGGGUCAAUUCAGGCUAAAUACAAAGCUGAGUGAUUCAUGAUUUCUCUUUUUUCAUCUGGCAAGAAAGGCAGGCGACUGCUCCAGGCUCUGAGUCCAGAGUAGCAAGCCAGCGGAGAGUUUUGGAAGUGACAUGGUGUAAGUCUGAGAUGCCCAUGACUGCCAUGUGCAGUAGGAAGGUCCAGACUUGUUUGCUGGUGGUCAGCUACUUCACCUACCUCUUCUUGGGGGCCAUCGUCUUCCAAGCUCUGGAGAGGGAUGCCGAGGAGCAUGAGAAAACGGCGGUCAUCCAAAUGAAGCAGGCCUUUCUGCAGAACUUCGCCCACCUCACCGUGGGGGACGUGGAGCAGUUUGUGAAGAACCUGACCGAAGCCAUUCAGAAGGGAGUCUAUCCCAUAAGGAACGAAUCACAGGUUGAACAGAGCAACUGGGAUUUCAGCAGCUCCUUCUUCUUCGUGGGCACGGUGGUCUCCACAAUAGGUUACGGCAAGCUGUGUCCCAAAACUGCCGGUGGCCAGCUCUUCUGUGUCUUCUUUGCUUUGUUUGGAAUCCCCUUGAAUAUUGUAUUUCUGCACCGUGUGGGCAAGAUACUUUCACUGCUGUGUAAAAGGCUGGGGAAAUGCCUGUAUGAAAAGGGAAUGAAAAAGAAGAAGACCAAAUUUCUGACCCUUCUGUUCUUCCUGGUGAUGGGAAUUCUAGUGUUCCUGUGUUUGCCAUCGCUCGUCUUCCAGAUCGUGGAAGGCUGGUCAUACAGCGAAGGAAUAUAUUUUGCAUUCAUCACCCUAAGCACCAUCGGCUUUGGAGACUAUGUAGUAGGUAAGCAGCCUGAAAGGCACUAUUUUUCCUACUACCGAUCUUUUGUGGCCAUUUGGAUCAUCUUUGGCCUGGCUUGGACUGCCCUCCUCUUUAAUUUAUUGAUGAUGCUCUUAGAAGACACGGAAAAGAAAAUCGCCAAGGAUCUCCAUAAAAUGGGAAAGGCGGGUAAAGAGAAUGAGGAGACCCUAAAAAACUACCAGCCUGCUGGACUCCUAGAGGAAGGACCCUUGUCGCUGGACUCUGGAGGAGACGCACGAGACUGCGAAGAGGCGAAGCUAGAGAAAAAUAUGUUUUCCUUAGAGCGAAAUGUUGUACGGUCAGAUUGAGAUCGGAUUGAAGAGUCGCUGCUCCAGCGUUAUAAGGACUAGACUGAAAGGAGAAAUUCCUAUGGGACUAUCAUUUCUCCCACAGAUGGGUAGCCUUCCUCUGCUGUGGCUCUAAUGGGCAUGUCUGUAUGGCUUCUCUGGAGCCCCGAGAGCCCCGUUUUCAAGCCCGUCCUGCCCCCCUGCUCCCACUCCACAGGUGUCCAACCUGGAAGGGGGGCAGGGGCCACCCCCUUGAGGGCACUCCCUUAAGAGCAGCAGCAAGGACGCCCUCCAAGCAGCUUCACUGCCUCAUUUCUGGGUUUGGCAGAUGCAGAGCAGGCAUGGGGAGGCAGCAGGGCCUCGAGACUGGGGCUUCUGGGAGUGCCCUGGAAAUGGUGCAGGCACGGCCAGCGCAGCACGAGCCAGGGGGUAAUAAUGAUGCUCACUCUGCCCCCCCAGCUAAUAACGCAUAAUAAAGAUAGUUGCCCUGGAGGCUUACACGAAGGCACCCACCGUGGGGAACACCACCACCUAGUGGCAUCACUGCAGGACUGACGCACCAGGUCUUCCCAUUCCGGUAGUGCCGGAGAGACAGUGCAGCCAGGACGGAUGGUCCAGGAAUUAUAUGAGAAGGGAGGAUUUGGGGAGCUGAGACCUUUUACUGGACCAGCUUCACAGUUGGGAUAAAGCUAGGUGAGCUUUUGAAUGCAAGGCAUUCUUCAUCAGUUCUGCCUUGAAUUUAAAAACUUGUCUAACUUUACCC